AUGAUAUAAUAAACUCGAGGAGCACCCCAAAAAAAAUAUACUCUCAAUCUACUCAACUCAGCCACAGACUACAUUGAUCGAAUUCUGUCGGAGGUGUCAGGAAUGAAAUGCCUCAUUUUGGAUUAGGAAACUAUUGGCAUCAUUUCUCUCAUCUACUCUCAAUCGUAAAUUCUGAAGAAGGACGUCUAUUUGAUGGAAAAGAUAGAGGCAGAUGCUUCUACCAAAUAAAAGCUUUAGCAUAUGAAGGUUAUCUUUUUGAUUCGACCGACUCAAGAAAAUUAAACAUUGCUGCUCUAAGAAAUUAAGGACAAGAGAUUUUGCGAAUACUACAUCUUCUUCACCAAUACUCUAAGCAAUUUUUACAUAGAAUAAUUGGCAGAAGCAGAUGGUUCUGAUCUCAUCAAACAACUACAAGAAAUCUAUUUGGAUUAUUACAUAGUGCAACCCGAUACAUUUACAUUAAAUCUACCCUCUACCAUUUCAUUAACCAAAAGUGUUUCACAAUGGAAUUCCAAAGAUGAACAACUAUUUCAAAGAGUUCUCGAGGGAUUGAGUGCUGCCAUUUACAGUCUACGACGAAUUCCGAUGAUCCGAUAUCAGGGGUCAAGUGAAAUUUGUGCUAAAUUGGCUUAAAGGCUAAGUUAAACAAUGAGAGAAGAGUAUGAACAAUCCUAGUCUUAAUUUAUGCUUUCAAAUUGUCUACUCUUGAUCUUGGAUAGAAGGGAAGAUCCAGCCACUCUAUUAUUGAAUUAAUGGACCUAUUAGGCUAUGCUCCAUGAGUUGAUUGGAAUCCAGAAUAAUAGAAUCGAUAUUCGUUAAGGCUAAAAGGCAUUGAAUUAGGCAGCUAGUAUCAAUAAAACUGAUUCAGAAAAUGAGUUUGUUAUAUCUUCUGCUUUGGAUGACUUCUUUGCUGAGAAUGAGUACUCUAAUUUUGGAGAAUUAGCAUAGAACAUCAAAGAUUUCAUCGAUAAAGUUACCUAACAAAAGAAGGAAACAGUCUAAAUAAAUUCAUUAGAAGAUAUGCAAAAGGCUGUGGAUAAGAUUCCAGAAAUAAGGAAGAUGAGUGGUAAUUUGUCCAAACAUGUUGCUUUGAGUUGUGAAUUGUCUAAAUUAGUUGAAGAGAGACAAUUACUCAAAGUAUCGAAAAUUGAACAAGACAUUGUUUGUAAUGAAGCAAAGUCUGAGCAUUAAAAAGCUGUAUUUUAGAUGCUUGAAGAUAGAACCAUUUAGACAUAUGAGAAAUUAAAGUUGGUUAUGUUAUAUGCUUUGAGAUAUGAAAAUUGUGAUAAGAUCUCAAGGAUGAAGGACGUAUUGAGAGAUUUAGGUGUCAAGAACAACAGUUUAAAUUUGAUCAAUCACCUAUUGGAUUACUCUGGUAAGGCUAGACGUCAAGGUGAUUUAUUCAGUGAUAAGAAUAUAUUUUCUAAGGCAUAACAAAAGUUUAAGUCUGUUUUCAAGGAUGUUCCAAAUAUCUACACUCAACAUCAACCGUAUUUCCUAACUAUCCUAGAACAAAUCCUAACCAACAAAAUCAAGGAGAACGAAUUCCCAUCCACCAACUUGAAUUAGUUCAGAGAUAGACCCAGUGAGAUUAUUAUAUUUUAUGUUGGGGGAACAUCUUUUGAAGAAGUCAAGGAAAUUGGAUUAUUGAAUAAAUAACCCAAUUAGCCAAACAUUUUGUUAGGUGGUACUUACAUCCAUAAUUCAAGAACCUUUCUUGCUGAGAUUUGCCAAUUAGCAUACGAAAACAAUAUCGAAGUAGUUGUAGAUAAGUCCAAUCCUAGGAAUGAUAAUAAAUUUCAUAAAUUUUGA